CACAAAUAAAGCUUCUCUUGCAUCGUUUAGCAAAAUAAAGAGAAGGUAAAAGAAAAAAAAAAGUAUAAAAUUAAAAUGAGUGGGAAACCAGUGUUGAUAUUUGCAGUUGAUGAUAGUGAGCAUAGUUUCUAUGCCCUUGAAUGGACACUUGAUCAUUACUUUGCUUGUCCCUCAACUUCCCCCUUUAAGCUUGUGGUUAUUCAUGCAAAAUCUAAUGCAUAUGCUGCAUGUGCAGUAGGAAUGGCUGGACCAGGAAGAAUUGAUGUGCUUACCCUCAUAGAAACAGAUAUUAAAAGGGGAGCAGAGAAAGUUAUUGAAAAAACAAAAGAAUUAUGCAAGAGUAAAAGACUAAAAGAAGUAUCAUGUGAAGUAAUUGAAGGUGAUGCUAGAAAUGUUAUUUGUGAUGCUGUUGACAAACACCAUGCCUCUCUCUUGGUCAUGGGUAGUCAUGGUUAUGGAGCUUUCAAGAGGGCUGUAUUGGGCAGUGUAAGUGACUACUGCUCUCAUCAUGCAAAUUGCUCUGUGAUGAUUGUGAAGAAUGAUACAAAGCCAAAGCAAUAAACAACUGUAAAUGGCUCUGUCUUAUUCAGUUGCAAAGGUUUUACUGAUUUUAAGGUCCAUAUAGAAUUGGUUCCUGUGUUAUGACAUUAGGGUUUUUUUUUCCUUUAGAAAAAAGAAGAAGAAAAAAAACUCAUUAUACAGUGUAAUGUUUUGGAUUCCCUGUAACUGUGAACUACUUUUGUAUGUCAAAA